GUCGUCUCAGUUCUGUUCAGACGGCGGUGAGUCAACGGUCUUAAUCGAGGACUUUCCACAUGUUUAAAAUUCGAGACACGUAGAAUUAUCAUCAAACAUGAAGCUAUUUCAAGUACUCUUGCUUCUCGUUAUCGGUUAUGCGCACUGUUGUGCACAUCAUCCGGAAGUGGGAGCACCAACCGGAAGAAUUCGUGGCUCUAUUUUGAAUUCAAGGCUCGGGAAAAAGAUUUAUACCUUCCGUGGUGUGAGAUACGCCGAGCCACCUACGGGAAAUCGACGCUUUCAGAUUGCCAUUCCAGCAGCAGAUUGGAAUCAUGUUUUCGAUGCCACUGAAGAAGGUCCUUCAUGCCCAAAUUUGGACGUUAACAUAUCAAUGUCGGAAGAUUGCCUGCGUUUAAAUGUCUACACUACAAAAUUAUCUUCGGAGACUGAAAAAGUAGGAAGACCAGUAUUAGUCUUCUUCCAUCCGGGAGGAUUUUACUCUUUCUCCGGACAGAGCUUUUACUUUGGUCCCCAAUAUCUGAUGGACAAAGACAUCGUUCUAGUCACCGUUAACUAUCGACUGGGGACAUUAGGUUUCUUAAGUACAGGUGACAGGUGGGCACCAGGAAAUUUGGGACUAAAAGACCAGGUGAUCGCGCUCCGUUGGGUCAGUAGAAACAUCGGUGCCUUUGGAGGCGAUCCAAAUUCCGUGACAAUCAGCGGUUGCAGCGUAGGAGGCCUCAGCACGGCCUUGCACCUGGUGUCCCCAAUGUCAAAAUAUCUGUUUCACAGAGCGAUCGUGAUGAGUGGAUCGCUCAUGAACGCGGAACCUUAUCCUACCGAGCAAAAAACCCUCGCAAAGAAACAAGCGGAGCUUCUCGGUUGUCCGUCUAACGACAGCGCGGCUAUGUUAGCUUGUUUCAAGUCGAAGCCAGUUCAGAACUUCACGGAUACUAUGUCUAGCCUUUUCGAAUGGUACGGAGAUCCGAUUCUGGUAUGGAAACCGGUGGUAGAGCCAGGAGUCCCAGGCGUAGAACGCUUCCUCCCAGCGCAACCCUAUGAUCUGAUCAGACAGAAAAAGUUUAAGCAAGUCCCUGUCAUGUUUGGAGUGACCAAAGACGAGUUUGGUGGAGUAGUUGUAGCGUUCGAGAAUUCAACCAAACAAGGCAAUGAUAUGUAUCGCGAGAUGAACGACAACUGGGACAGAAUAGCGCCUAUCAGUUUUAUGUACGAACGUGACACACCGCGGUCGGCGAAUAUCACCAAAGAAUUGCGGCGAUUUUAUUUCAAUAACAAACCGAUUGAUUCAGCUAAUAGAGACGGUUUAGCUCAUAUUUAUGCGGACAGUGUAAUUAUAUUUCCAAUGUAUCGCGGUGCAAAAUGGAUCGCUGAAAAUUCUAGGGAACCCGUCUAUUUCUAUGAGUCCGCGUAUCAAGGACGUUAUAGUUUUACUAUGUGGAAUGCCACUACGCCAUACGGCGUCGUGCACCAAGACGAUCUGCAGUACUUGUUCUUUAUGAAGGCUCUUUUCCCAUUUAUCGAUAAAACUGCACCCGAAGAUCCGAUAGUGGAAUUAUACACGACUCUAUGGUCCAGUUUCGUUAAGAGCGGCGAGCCCGUUCCCAAGAGUGGCGCAUUUAAGAAGAUAAAGUGGGACAGGUUUGUUCCUAAACAAGAUAACUACUUGGAAAUUAACGCGAAUCCUACCAUGAAGACUGGUCUUUAUCUUGAUAGAAUGCAGGAAUGGGAAAGACUGUUCCCUUUACCCUCAACGCGAUCAUAUAAAUUGUUCCGUUUUGCUCCUGACUUCUUCAGUACAGCACCGGUUACGCCGGUGCAUUCAAACCAGUUGCCUCCAAGUUCAUCUAGAUCUUGUUCCCCUUCAACGGGAACAUUUUUACGAAACGAGAACCAAGUUUUCAAGAUGAAGGGUAUUUUUAUACUGUUUGGUAUCUUUGUAGCUAUCAACGCUCAACAUACUAAGGGAAUCUCGAAAGCCAAUGAGAAUCCCAUAGUAGCGGCACCGAUUGGAAAGAUUCGGGGCUCGAUUUUGACUUCGAGACUUGGGAAGCAGAUUUAUUCGUUUCGAGGUGUGAGGUAUGGCGAACCACCCACUGGGCAGCAACGUUUUAAGCCUCCAACCCCAUCGGCAGAUUGGAAGAAUGUCUUCGACGCAACUGAAGAAGGACCCAGUUGUCCUCACCCGGACGGAAAAAUACAAUCUGAGGACUGCUUACGACUAAACGUUUACACCACAAAACUACCAUGUAAAAACGAAAAUGUGAGCCGACCAGUUAUGAUAUUCAUACAUCCAGGCGGCUUUUACGGAUUUUCCGGACAAAGUGUAAACUUCGGACCGCAAUAUCUGCUCGAUCACGACAUCGUCUUAGUUACAAUUAAUUACCGUCUCGGAACGUUAGGCUUCUUCAGCACGGGCGACAGUUUGGCACCAGGUAAUAUGGGCAUGAAAGAUCAGGUUGUAGCACUUCGUUGGGUUCAGAGGAAUAUCGCUGCUUUCGGCGGUAAUCCAAAUGAUGUCACUUUGUGCGGCUACAGUGCCGGAAGUUUCAGUAUUAUGUUACACAUGGUGUCCCCGCUGUCUCAGGGAUUAUUCCACAAAGCUAUCUCGAUGAGCUCUUCGGCCAUAGGAAAUGACGUCUACGGCUCUAUUUCGCAGAAUGGACAGAACGAGCUCUCUAGAAAGCAAGCUAGAUUGAUGAAUUGUUCUACUGAGACAACCGCUGCGAUGUUGUCUUGUCUCAGAGAAAAACCGGUGGAAGACUUUCUGAGUACCUUUAACGACAUGUUUGACUGGCACGGUAAUCCGAUUUUGCUGUGGAAACCCGCCGUGGAACCCGAAGGUGUUCCAGACAGAUUCUUAACUGCACAGCCGUACGAUUUGAUCAAGAAAGGAAAGUUCCAACAGGUCCCGUACAUUCUUGGAGUAACAGAGGAUGAAUUUGGAGGAAUAGCUUCCUUAUACGAACACACUGAUAAUGGAUCGUUCUAUCGUAUUUUGGACGAGAAUUGGAACAGGCUUGCGCCUAUUAUAUUCAUGUACGAACGCGACACACCACGAUCAAACUACAUCAGCAGAGAGUUGAAGAAAUUUUACUUCAAGGGUCAGCCACUUGGUUCGGCGACCUACGAGAACCUUAAACAGAUAUUAGGCGAUGCUGUGCCUACAUUCGCCAUGUUCCGAGCAGGCAAGUUGUUUGCUUCGAUGUCAAAGCAACCAGUGUACUUUUAUAAAUUUACCUUCCAAGGACGAUAUAGCUUCCGAAUGUGGAAUGAAACCACGCCAUCUGGUGUGACUCAUCAUGACGAUCUGAUGUAUCUCUUCUUCAUGAAGCAAUUCUUCCCGUACUUCGAAAGCGGCGACCCUGAAACGCCUAUGGUGGACAUUUAUACAGCCAUGUGGGCGAAUUUCGUGAAAACUGGUGAACCCAUUCCUAAAGACCACGAUAAACUUAAGAACGUGAGGUGGACUACGUUCGAUCCCCAACAGACCAAUUUCUUGGAUAUCAAUCUUCAUCCGACCAUGAGAACUGACUUCUUCCCUGAAAGAAUGCGAGUCUGGGAAAGACUUUUCCCUGAACCAUCGAGUGGAGUGAAACACUGAACGUAUUAUAUUUUACAGUAGAUCCUGUUCGAUAAAUCAUUACCACAAACAGGAAUUUCUUAUCUGCUUCUUGUGUAUUGAGCUUAAAAUAAAAUAUUAUAAAUUUA